AUGGGUUCUCACUCCAAAGAAAAAGAUAGAAAAAGUGCUUCACAUACAGCAGAAAAAUCAGAGUUAAGAUCAGAGGCAAGGUCCGAAAUAAGAUCGGAAGCAGAACAUAUUGAAGGUUUUGAUAAAGAAGAAGAAAAGGCUCGUAUUCUGAAAGAGUAUGAAUUUUAUCAUGGUUUUCUACCUCGAGAAGAUCUAUUUUGUCUCUUGAAAUAUGUCGGGGAAUUCUUAAUAAGAGUUAGUGAGGUAGAUAAUGAUCCACGUCAAAGAGGAAAACGAGAAAUAAUACUGUCAGUCGUAUGCGAAUGUACACCUAACGAAUUAUCUCGUAUAUCUAACAUUGACCGACCAAUUAAUGAGAAGGAAGAUGAAGCGCAAGGUAAAACGGGAUAUGAUAAGAAAGUUCGUGGAAAGCUAAAAAAUGUGAUAGUACGAAGGAAAGGUGGGAAAUACUUGGUAGAAGUAGCAAGACUUUUCGAGUCCAUCCCGCAGUUAAUAGACCAUUAUCGUCAAACACCUGGAAAGCUGAAUAAGAUAACUUUCCUUCUCAAAUAUCCCAUAAAGCAACAGUCUUGGGAGUAUACUCAUCAAGACGUUCAACAAGGAAAGCUGUUGGGAGAAGGGGCGUUCGGAGAAGUCCGGGCAGGAACCUUGAGACUAAAAACGGGAAAAGUCGUUGACGUAGCUAUAAAAGUUACAAAAGGAUGCUCAGAUAUCGGUAAAGCAAAAAUCAAGGAGAUGAUGAAAGAGGCAAGAUUGAUGAGGAAUUUCAGGCAUAGAAAUGUUGUGCGCAUAUACGGAGUAGCCGUAGACGAGCAGCCGCUCUACAUCAUUCUUGAAUUAGUCAGUGGGGGUGCCUUGAACACAUUCUUAAAGGAAAAUGCGGGUAAAGUCGAAGUGAAAGAAAAGCUAGACAUGUGCCUCGGAGCUGCACUAGGUGUAGAAUAUUUACAUCUAAAUCAAUGUAUGCAUCGCGACUUGGCAGCGAGGAACUGUCUUAUCACGAAAGAAAAAGUGGUAAAAAUAAGCGACUUUGGUCUAUCAAGGCUUGGUGUUCAAUAUAGGCUGAAAGCAGCUAUGAAAUUACCUAUAAAAUGGCUUGCCCCGGAAACCAUAACAACUUUCACGUUCUCUUUGAAAACGGAUGUCUUCAGUUACGGUGUAAUGGUCUACGAGAUAUUCUCAGAUGGGGCUGAACCAUGGGAUGGUCAUACAAAUGCCGAAGUCAAAAAAGCUGUUAUCGAAGGAAAAUGUCUUACAUUCCCAAAGUGUACGCCAGAGAAAGUGAGAAAGUUUUUCGUUCAGCAUGUUCUUGUCAAAAAUCCAGCAUCAAGAGCAACAAUGUCCGAGGUAGUAAAACUUUUGCAAGCUUGCGGUGCUACAAGUGGGGCACCGCGAUCUCAGAUGUCUGAAGUGCGCUCAACCUGAACAAAGAAAACAACGUCUAUCGAUAGUCUUCACCUUCAUAGUCUUUUCUGCAUUCGUAACGUAAUUGCGGAAAGAAAAAUAUCUGCAAAGUACAGUGGUGUCUGAUUUUAUUGCCAUGGGUUAUUAUCUUAAAUUUUCUAUCCUGCUCAUCAUGCUCCAUAAACAGCUAUUUAA